AUCAGUUCGAGCGUAGCCGCGUGCCGGGCAACAUGCCCACAGGCCUCGGAACAAAUUAGCGAACACUCGUGCCAAAUUCAUCUGUCAACGCCUCCCCCCUCCCCCCAAUGUUCAAAGUUGGCGGAGGGUCUGGUGAGAUGCACUUCGACCGCAGUGUUUUCCGCGCGUGCCAACAUUGAGUUGGGGGGAGGGGGAGUGUUCAGUAAUUGUUUCCCUCUACCGUACCGCUUCGGUUUAUGGGUUCCCGAUGCUCGCCCGUCUCCUUCGGAGCCCGCGGCGACAGGCGCACCAGCACAAGGCGAGCCAUGAGCGCUCGAGCAGCCCGAGCGGGAGCGGGAGCGGCACCGGCACCAGCGGCGGCGAGGACGGCGACGUGAUCGAGGACAUGACGGGCGACGAGCUGGUGGACGCGUUUGGAAUCAGCGGCCUCUGCCUGGUCAGCAAGGCCAAGGACAUGUCCACGGUGGUUCUCAUCGCGUGCCAGGCGUUCUUCCUCCAGGAACCUUCAUCAUCCUCCUGUACAUCGGCCAGCAGCUCGAGCCCCGCCCAAACUUCAACGAACAGAAGAGCCUGCCGACCGUCAUCGUCGACGCCGCCAUCUACCUUCACUUCCUCAACUGCGUCCGAGACAUUCCCCGCAAAACGGCUCCCCCGUCUUCGCCGUGCGCGCCUUCCGCUCCACCGUCCCGGGCGACCAGCCCUUGCACACCCUCACAUCCCCUGCGGGGUCGCGGAUUUGGAAUCAUCUACUGUGUCGAUGCGUUCGUCACUCCCAUGGCUCAGCUCAUCAUCGGUGCCCUGUUCCUCUGCACCUCGGCCAGCGUGGGGGACGUGAUCAUGAACUCCUGCGCAAUCGCCUACAUAUCCUCCAUCGACAACAUGAUCCUGGAGGUGAAGAAGCAGAUGGACGAGUUGGCCGAUCGGUGCGAGGACUACGCCGUUGUACAGUUCCCGGUCAACAAGGACAUCAUCGACGUCGUGCAGAUGACAUUUGUGGUCGUGCCAGUAUACCCAAUGGCUUUCUCCUGCUGCAUGGCAUAUUUAGGCCUGCGCGUCUUUCACCUGUAGCGGCACCUUGACGGAGGGGUCCUCGUGAAGAAGCACAGUUCGGUGGAGUUGUUGGCCACGAAGGUCGUUAGGGUAUCGACCCCCGGUUGUUCAUCGGCAAAGGUGCGAGAUGUUCUUUCGAGAAAUUCGAGUGCUCGUUCCCGCGCGCGCGUCGGAUCGCGCGCACCCCCCUCGCUAGCACGACGAUGACACAUGG